AUGUCCCGUGACGAGCCUAGCAGUAACCAGCUAGCAGGUCUGGGUUCUCGUAAGGAUCACUAUUUACAGAACUUAAUAUUAAAGGUCGAGAUAUCCCAACUACAAACAGAACUUGUCAAUUUAGAAAACAUUCUUCUGGCACAUAAACAGUGCUGCAGUUCUCCACAAGCCUGCACGCACUCUCUCUAG